AUGGACUUCAUUUUCGACAGCUAUCACAUCCAGUCGGCCGAGGAACAUAACACCAUCAACCUGGAGCUACCCCUGCAACCCCUCCAACGCGCGCUGCGCUCCGCACUCAACAGCACCUCGGCCUCGCUGCGUCUUACCAAAAAGGACGGCAUCCCUGUGCUCUCCUUGACAAUCACCACCACCACCAACGCGUCGGCGGGCUCCGGCCUGCCCGGCCGCGGCAACUCGGCCUACGCUGGCCUCGAGAACGACCCCUUUGAUGACGAUGACCAAGGUUUUGCCGCCGAGCACCUGGAGACCUCCCUGCGCCGCGAGCGCGAGAAGAUCAUCACCCAGGACAUCCCCGUGCGCGUGCUGCACCCGGAGACGGUAGAGACCAUCAUGCAGCCUACGGUGCGCGAGACGGAUGUGCACAUCACCAUGCCGCCCUUGCUGCAGCUCAAGGCCAUCUCGGACCGGUUCACCAAGCUCGCCCUCGCGUCCGGCACGAGCUCCCGCGUGAGCCCCAAGCUGGAGCUCAGCGCCAACAUGUUUGGGAAUCUGAAGCUGCGCAUCGUGACGGAAGCCGUCGACGUCUCGAGCACGUGGUCGGGCUUGGUCAACCCGGAGCUGGACCCUACGCAGCUGGAGAUGCCGGUCGAGGAGCACCCGAGCGUCAAGUUCAAGGAGGCCGGCCCUGACAAAUGGGCGACAGUGAGGGUCGACGGAAAGGACUGGAGCCGUGUUUUGAGCGUGGGGAGGCUGGAGGGUAGGGUCGUGGCGGCUUUCGCCGACGACCAUGCCUUGAUAUUAUAUGUCUACGUACCGCAGUACGAUGACGCUUCGGCGGAUGAUGCUGUUCUGACUUACUAUGUAACAUCCUUCAGCACGUAA